AAAGCUAGCAAUCCGACCCUAUAAAACUCCUUUUACUUGCACGUACGGAGGUGCAAAGCACUUUGUGGAUUCCUAGAUCAUCCUUCUUCUUCUUCAAUGGCAACAAGCAAGAGACCUUUGCAGCGUUUAUUGAGCAGAGUUUGCAGGGAGGCUCGGAGGCCUUACGGGGUUAUCCCUCAAGGACAUGGACAAGACCCUUCUUCUUUUUCUCAACAUCUCAUCAACUUGGAGUAUGAAUACAGUGCCCACAAUUACCAUCCAGUUCCAAUCGUAUUCUCUAAAGCGAAGGGAUCCUGUAUAUGGGACCCUGAGGGCAACAAAUACCUGGAUUUUCUCUCUGCAUAUUCAGCAGUUAAUCAGGGACAUUGUCAUCCAAGGAUCAUGAAAGCAUUACAGGAACAAGCAGAAAAGCUCACUCUCAGCUCUAGAGCUUUCUAUAAUGAUAGAUUUCCAGUAUUUGCAGAGCACCUAACAAACAUGUUUGGCUAUGAUAUGGUGCUACCAAUGAACACUGGUGCUGAGGGUGUGGAAACAGCUUUGAAGUUGGCAAGGAAAUGGGGAUAUGAAAAGAAAAAAAUCCCCAUUGAUGAGGCCAUAAUCAUCUCUUGUUGUGGCUGCUUUCAUGGUCGUACAUUGGCUGCCAUCUCAAUGAGCUGUGACAAUGAGGCUACUCGAGGGUUUGGGCCAUUGCUUUCUGGCCAUCUUAAAGUUGAUUUUGGUGAUGUAGUUUCACUGGAGAAAAGUUUUAGAGAACAAGGAGAUCGGAUAGCUGGAUUUCUUUUUGAACCAAUUCAAGGCGAGGCUGGGGUUAUAAUUCCUCCAGAUGGUUACUUAAAAUCUGUCAGAGAUCUUUGCUCAAAAUACAAUGUUCUGAUGAUUGCUGAUGAAAUUCAAACUGGCUUAGCACGAACAGGAAAAAUGCUGGCUUGUGAUUGGGAACAAGUUCGUCCUGAUGUAGUUAUUCUAGGAAAGGCAUUGGGUGGUGGAGUGAUACCUGUAAGUGCUGUGCUUGCAGAUAAAGAUGUAAUGCUUUGCAUUCGACCAGGAGAACAUGGAAGCACAUUUGGGGGAAAUCCUUUAGCCAGUGCAGUUGCCAUUGCUUCACUAGAUGUGAUCAAAGAAGAAGGGCUUGCUGAGAGAUCCUACCAUUUGGGGAAAGAACUCAGGCAUCAGCUACUUAAGGUUCAGCAACAGUUUCCAGACAUCAUUAAGGAAGUUCGAGGUAGAGGUUUGUUCAAUGCUGUGGAGUUCAACAGCAAGACUUUGUCCCCUGUUUCUGCAUAUGAUAUUUGUCUGAAGUUGAAGGAAAGAGGAGUUCUUGCUAAGCCUACACAUAACACUAUUGUCCGGUUAACUCCUCCACUUUCCAUUAGUUCGGAUGAGCUCCAAGAAGGCUCAAAGACUCUGCAUGAAGUUCUGGAACUUGAUCUACCAAAGAUGAAGGCAGCCAAACCAGAAAAGAUGCCAAUUGCUUCCGCCACAUGUGAUCGUUGUGGGCGAAACCAGUAUGAUUCUUCUGGUUAGGAUGUCUCAAUUAUGUGCACAUUUACGAGGCUGUUACAUUGAUUCAUCUCUUCAAUGCUGGCAUACAGAUCCCCUGAAAUAAGCAUGGCUAAUUUUCUAGUCCUCUUUUAAUCGGGAACUAUGAGAUUGAGAUCUCUCAUCUCAGUCUGGAAGUUAUUAAUGUUUAAGUUAAGAUACAUGACAAUUAAUGCAAUGAGGAAAGAAUGGUUGAAAGUUCUACAGGGUA